ACGUCACGGGCAUUGAGGACCUGCCCAUAAAUACUUACAGCAACACUUUCCGUCUAACCGAGAGAGCAGCAAUUGAUUAAUAGCUCGGCGAGGGGACACACUGACUGUUAUAAUAACACUACACCAGCAACUCCUGGCUUCCCAGCCGGAACACAGGAGAGAGUCAGUGGCAAAUAGUCAUUUUCUUCUUUCUUAGAAAAAAUAGCAACUUGUUUGCUAGUUUUAUUUGUUGGAUUUUUUUUUUUUUUGUGGUUGCUUUUAAGCGUGGAGGGCAAAAGGAGAUACCAACUUAGACUCAGUCCAAUCCCUCUCCAAAACGGCUUCUCUGACGCUCCAGGUAGAGAGGGAGUUGGGUCUCCAGGUUGUGCGAGGAGCAAAUGAUGACCGCCAAGGCCGUAGACAAAAUCCCAGUAACUCUCAGUGGUUUUGUGCACCAGCUGUCUGACAACAUCUACCCGGUGGAGGACCUCGCCGCCACGUCGGUGACCAUCUUCCCCAAUGCCGAACUGGGAGGCCCCUUUGACCAGAUGAACGGAGUAGCCGGAGAUGGCAUGAUCAACAUUGACAUGACCGGAGAGAAGAGGUCCUUGGAUCUCCCAUAUCCCAGCAGCUUUGCUCCCGUCUCUGCACCUAGAAACCAGACCUUCACGUACAUGGGCAAGUUCUCCAUUGACCCCCAGUACCCUGGUGCCAGCUGCUACCCAGAAGGCAUCAUCAAUAUUGUGAGUGCAGGCAUCCUGCAAGGGGUUACCUCCCCUGCUUCGACCACAGCCUCGUCCAGCGUCACGUCUGCUUCCCCCAACCCACUGGCCACAGGACCCCUGGGUGUGUGCACCAUGUCUCAGACCCAGCCUGACCUGGACCAACUGUACUCUCCACCGCCACCUCCUCCUUAUUCUGGCUGUGCAGGAGACAUCUACCAGGACCCCUCGGCAUUCCUGUCAGCAGCCACCACCUCCAGCUCCUCCUCUCUGGCCUACCCACCACCUCCUUCCUACCCCUCCCCUAAGCCAGCCACGGACCCCGGUCUCUUUCCCAUGAUCCCAGACUAUCCUGGAUUCUUCCAACCACAGUGUCCAAGAGACCUACAUGGUACAGCUGGCCCAGACCGCAAACCCUUUCCCUGCCCUCUGGACUCCUUGCGAGUCCCUCCUCCACUCACUCCACUCUCCACCAUUCGCAACUUUACCCUGGGGGGCCCCAGUUCUGGGGCCACAGGGCCAGGGGCCAGUGGAGGCAGUGAGGGACCCCGGCUGCCUGGCAGCAGCUCAGCCGCCGCUGCGGCCGCCGCUUAUAACCCGCACCACCUGCCGCUGCGGCCCAUUCUGAGGCCUCGCAAGUACCCCAACAGGCCUAGCAAGACCCCAGUGCACGAGAGGCCCUACCCGUGCCCAGCAGAAGGCUGUGACCGCCGCUUCUCCCGCUCUGACGAGCUGACCCGACACAUCCGAAUCCACACGGGACACAAGCCCUUCCAGUGUCGGAUUUGCAUGCGCAACUUCAGCCGCAGCGACCACCUCACUACCCACAUCCGCACCCACACGGGCGAGAAGCCUUUCGCCUGUGACUACUGCGGCCGCAAGUUUGCCCGGAGUGACGAGAGGAAGCGUCACACCAAGAUCCACCUGAGACAGAAGGAGCGCAAAAGCAGUGCCCCCUCCUCAGCCGUGCCAGCUGCGUCCACGGCCUCGUGCCCCGGGAGUGCACAGGCUGGGGGGCCCCUGUGCGGCAGCACCAGCGGCACGCUGGGUGGAGGAUCUCUGGCCCCUUGCUCCUCUCGGACCCGAACACCUUGAGAUGAGACUCAGGCUGACACACCAGCUCCCUGAGGCCCCGGAGGCCCUUCGUCCCCUGGUCCACUCGAGCUGCACAACAAACACUACCAACCCUGUCCUGCCCCUCUGUCCCCUCCCUGGGCCAAGGGCCUUGGUGGAGCCCAGCACUGCCCCCUUUCCACCUAGAAGCAGGUCCUUCCUGAAACUUAGUCCACUUUAGUCUCUCUUAGGUGAGUUGACUCUCACCUCAAGUUAAUGAGUGGGGAGGCUCCGAAGGGGGUCAGGUGGGGGCCCCUGGCCUAGAGGGCUGAGGCCUGACCCUGCUUUAAAGGGUUGUUUGACUAGGUUUUGCUUCCCCUGCUCUCUCAUAUUUUGUCCCAUUACAGAUUUUUUUACUCUGGACGUCCCAAUUGGAGACUUUUCUACAGUAGGUUGGGAGAUGCUGCUCCCUUCAGGUGGGGGCAGCAGAAAGAAGGAAAGCUGAUGUGCACUUUAUGGCUUGGGACUGAUUUGGGGAUUCUGUACAGUGAAUGAAGCAUGGCCUUUAUGCUGCAUUCUGUGGCCCUAGAACAGUGAAUCAAAGCUUAUCUAGUUGUUCCACCCCUUUAAGCAGUAUGUAUUAUAAACUCAGAGAACGGAAGUGCAAUGUGAUGGGAGGGACAUAGCAGUAUCUGCUCCUUUUUGAGUUGAGAAACAGAGAGACUAUUUUUUCAGUGUAUAUCCACUCAGAUUUUGUGUAUUUUUGAUGUGCACUGUUCUCCAAGUUCUGAACCUUUGGGAAGAAAAGUAAAGCAUUUAUGAUCUCUUGCAAUGAGUCAGAGGUUAACUUAUUUAAAGGGGGAUGUACAUAUAUUCUUUGAAACUAGGAUGCAUGCAGUCGUGUUGGAAGUGUCCUCGGUGCCUUGUGUGAUGUGGACAAUGUUACAGGGUCUGCAUGUAAAUGGGUUGCCUUACUAUGAAAAAAAAAUCACUCCCUGGGUUUAGUAUGGCUGUAUAUUUCUGCCUAUUAAUAUUUGGAUUUUUUUUUUAGAAAGUAUAUUUUUGUAUGCUCUGUUUUGUGACUUAAAAGUGUUACCUUUGUAGUCGAAUUGCAUAUAAGAAUGUAAAUAAUAUUACUGGAGCUGACUUGUUUGGUUAUUAGCUCUUAAUAGUUGUGGAACUAUAAAUGAUUUAUUCUAAUGCAAAAACCACUAACUGAAGUUCAGAUAAUGGAUGGUUUAUGACUAUAGUGUAAAUAAAUACUUUUCAACAAUA